CUCACAUAAAAAGGGCUAACAGACUCACUGAGACAGGGUGUUUUCUCUCCUCUGUAUUCAGCCCUUUUUUUCACUUAGUCGUCACAGAGCUUCAGAAUCACUGUAAGGCUCUCAGAAGGGGACUGUUGAAUUUGACAAAUCACAGUGAGAAGGGGAAUCGGUGCCUGAGCAGAGAAGAUUCUGGGUCAGAGGCAACUACAACCACCUCCAAAACGAAGGAUUUAACUCUGUGAUGCCUGCCUGGAAACACCUAUAACCCUUUUCUCUCGUUCAUAAAACAGGACUUAUUUGACUGCAACUUCUUUUACUGCUGUUUAAGUAUUGCUACCUUCGAGACUGUUAUGUUCAGCCAGAGAAACAUGUCUACAAAUGAAACUAUUGACCACUGCAGGGGACCCAACGCAACCACAUACAAAGCCCUCUCCUGGCUGAUGAUUGGAGAGUUCCUGCUGGGUCUGCCACUCAACCUGUCUGUCCUCUACAUCUUCGUCUUCAAGUUCAAGUUCUGGAAGAACAAAAGUAUCUUCCUGUUCAAUAUUGUGGUUGCUGACUUCUUGCUGGUGGCCUGUCUUCCUGCCAAGGCCUACCAUUACCAUCAUGGCCAGAGACGCAGCCAGAAUAAAGUGUUGUGUAAGACGAUGCUCUUCAUGCUGUUCCUCAACCGAGGAGCCAGCAUUGCCUUCCUCAUCACCCUGUCCCUCGACCGCUACUUCAACGUGGUGCAUCUCGGGAGGAGGAAUUUUGUCAAAGCGCUAAAGAAAAGUCCUCAAAUCUCUAUCCUCAUCUGGCUUCUGUUGCUGCCCCUCACCAUCCCCACGAUGGUCACCACCUUUGAAUGCUGCAACAGCCUGGGCCGGGAAGUUGAGACGUUUUAUCACGAUGUUACAGACGUCUUCAGAGAGAUCGUCUACUUCACCCAGAUCAUCAUCCCCUUCAUCAUCCUUGUCUACUGCACUGUACGCAUCGUCAACCGGCUAAGGAGGAAGACGGUCGGUGAAAAGACCAAACUGAGGAGAGCAGUGUGCGUGGUCAUGUCUGUCGUCCUUGUCUUCUCUAUCUGCUUCCUGCCCAGUACUGUAGCCAGAGCGGUGCUGCUGGCCGUAAGACUGAAGGAGUGGCAGGACACAGAGGACGUUGUGGUUCAGGUCUACGACAGCCUCAUGGUUUUGUCUUACAUUGACUGCCUGCUGGACCCGCUGGUCUACUGCUUCUGUAACUCAGGGUUUAAGGAUGCUUACAUAAACACGUUCUUUCCUAAGUGUCUCCAGGUGAAACUGCAAAAUACAGACUUUGGCUUGGGAACAACAGCGACUACAACACUUUCGACUUCUGGAGAUAGAAAAAUUUCUUUGCCAAUAUUAGAGAAAUGAUUUUUUUCCCCCUUAAAUUGUACUGAAAACUAUCUCAGAGGGAGCACAGGUUGUUUAUUGCAGUUACACCUCAGACACACAGAUAGCAUUACCACUGGUCCACCAGAAAAAGGUGCUUUAAGAUAACCUGCAAGAUUAGACUUCCCCUCUGAAAGGCUGCAAACACAGCGGAGGUAAAUGCUGCCCUGCAUCACUCCUCCUCUGUAGAGUUAGUUGUCAGUGGGUAUGACUAUCAUCUGCAUCCAUCUAAAUGCAGCACGUGCUUAUGGUUUAUGUGAGGCAGUGUUGUCCAUCCUGUUUGGGUCAACUCUGUAUGCAUGCACACUUUUGUGUGUCAUCUGCUGAAAAAUGUUGCACAGUAAUUCUCCAAAGUUUUCAGUAUUUUUAUAAUAAUAGAUUUUUUUCUGCACUUUCUCAACGUGGAAUCCAUACUGGUAUGUUCAAUAAUGUCACAUAAAAUGUGUAAGUUUAAGUUUACUUCUUUCAACUGCUAACAGCAAGUCAGAGAAGAUGUCAGUUGAGCAAAGAUACAUUUACAUACAGUCCUGUAAAAAGAGUUAUUCAGGGCUUUAAAGGGAUAGUUUGCAUUUUUUGAAGGUGGGUUGGUAAGGCUAGUUUAUUUUACAUACAGUAUAUCUCAGUCAUCUAUCCCCAGUUUGGAG